AUGGUAGAACCUUAUAGUUACAAGAAGAAGCGACGAGAAUUCGAAAGACCACCCGUAUUCGAAGAUUCUGAGCUAAAGCCCUUAGGAGGCACCUUAAGUACUCCAGCUCUGCAAAAGCAAUACGUCGAGAAAAACCCAACUCACAUAAUCCUCGACAACAUUCCUCCUCUUUCCACACAUGAUGUAAACACUGAAAGGGUGGUCACCGCAACCCGUAAUAUGAAACACAUCGAAGGAGGCUGGCCGCGCGAAAUCGACUACUCCGAAGAGCACGACACCACAAAAUGGCGCACAAGGCAGCUUAAAGACCCACUUCUGGCAGCGGCAGUUAAAGAGCUCGCGACUUUAACUGAUCGUGCCAUCAAGCAAAACAACCAAAUUGACAUGUUUGAAGAAUAUUUUUUAGGCGAGCAAGUAGACCAUUCAACAGAAACUUUGUCAACCAAAACACUUAUGCUUUUUAAAGACCCUAAUGACACAAAGCGAAGUGUCAGCAAAAUUGCUUGGAACCCUGAAGGCCCUGGCAAUAAAAUUGCUGUAGCUUACUCUAUAUUAAGGUUCCAGCAAAUGCCAGAAAAAUUGUCAACCCAGUCUUACAUAUGGGAUAUGGCGGCACCUAAUACAGCCUUUAAAACAAUCCAAGGCUCCACUCCACUUGUAACUAUUGCUUUUAACAAUAAGUAUACAGAUUUCUUAGUAGGUGGAGGGUAUAACGGGACCAUCGGGGUUUGGGAUGUGAGGGAAAAAACCAAUACCCCAUCUUGGCAAACAGCUAUAGAAAAAUCCCAUCAUGACCCUGUGUAUGAUAUUUAUUGGCUGCAUGGGAAAUCUGGCAACGAAUUUGUCAGUAUUUCUACUGAUGGCCGCUUAAUGUGGUGGGAUUUCCGAAAGGACAAAGAUCCUACUGACUCUGCAUAUUUAACUGAUGGAAUCCAAAACUCAGAAACUAAGCAAGAAAGCAUUCUAGGUGGAACUUGCUUAGAAUACAACCCAGAAGCAGGAGCUACCAAGUACCUAGCAGGCACCGAACAAGGUGUUGUAGUUUUAGCAAACAAAAAACCACAAAAAGCUGUAGAAAUCAGCCAUAGGUAUGGUAUUGAAGGAGGAAAACAUCAUGGACCUAUUUAUUCAAUUCAAAGAAAUCCAGAAGAAGCCAAAUGUUUUUUGACUGUAGGAGACUGGUCAGCUAAAAUUUGGAGCGAGGAAAUCAAUACACCCAUUAUGACAACUAAGUAUCAUGAUACUUAUUUAACUGAUGGAUGCUGGAGCCCUACAAGGCCUGGAGUGUUUUUCUUAACCCAAAUGGAUGGGUGGCUGCAAAUAUGGGAUUACCAUUACAGGCAGAAUGAAAUUGCAUUUUCCCAUAAAGUUGGAGACUCGAUGCUGACGGUGGUGACUGUACAAAAUCAACCAAAUGCAGGGAAAUUUGGGUCACUUGUAGCAGUUGGAGACUCUGAAGGAACAGUCACACUUAUAGAGCUUUGCGAAAGCUUAUAUGAGCCUCAGUCAAACGAAAAAAUUUCAAUAAAACAGACUUUUGAACGUGAGUUUACAAGAGAAAAAAAUCUUAAACAAGCCAAAAGGCAGCAAGAAGGCAAAAAGCCUAAAAAAGAAGAGACUUCAUUUGAAAAAGCCAGGGAAAAACAAAAUGAAGCCCUUCGUAAGCUAGAAGAAGAAUUUUUUGCCAAAGUUGGCAUUGAAAUAGGAGAAGAAAAGUCCCCAGAAAAAUCCCCAGAACGCAGAGAAGCUGAACAAGACUUUACCCCUGUCCCACAAAAGCAAAAACCGCCUGAAAUGGUCGAAAAGAAACAAAGCUUCAAAGAGAUAGAACCUCAAGAAGUCCCACAGCAAGAAGAGGCUCAACUUGAAGAAGAAAAAGAAAUGCCAGAAAAUGAAAGCGAGCAUGGCGAAAUUGAAAAGGAAGAAGAGCAAGGAGAGGAAGUAGAAAAAGAAGGAGAAAUGGAAGGGGAACAAGAGCAGGAACAAGAGCAAGAACAAGAAAAAGAGCAAGAGCAAGAGCAAGAACAAGCACAAGACCCUGUAGUACAGAAUGCAGAAGGAGGUGGAGGGGUAGAUGGAGUCGUUCCACCAGAAAUUUAA